AUGACAAAAAGGCCAGGGCCGGAUCAAGAGCCGGAGGCCUUGGUUUGGAAUGACAGGUGGGGGAAAUGCCUGGAUGGGCGAGUCUAUAUCCUGGCUGCUCUGGUGAUCGAUGUGGAAGUUGCUCUUCCUGACAUGUCCAAUCUGACGACAGCCGUGGCGGAGCUGAGCCAUGUGAUCCAGUCAGAGUUACCCCAUGCCGUGGCCUGUCUGAACAUCCAUGUCCUUCCCGGUCUCUCCCAGGGCGGAAACAAGCAAGUACGCCUGGCCAUGUCUGGAGACCCACAGCUUUGUGCUGCAUGGCAUCAGCGCAGGCAGCUCCAGGGUAGCAAGCACCUGGGUCAAGGGGCGGUGGCAUAUUUCCACUCUCUCCGAGACACCACGAGUGUAGAACACCAGGAGAAGAUGAGCGAGCUCGUGUCCUUGCACUCCAACUCCGAGUCGGGCUUCUUGCUGGAUUUGCCCAGCGAGUGGGUUCGCGGUUGGCCAGAGGGUGCUACGAGCUUCCCGCAACAUGCGGGAUCCUUGUGGUAUGAUUUUGCAGCCGUCUGGGGGCCGGUGAAGGAGGCCUCCAUGAUUCGCGCGCAGGAUCCGACCGUGGUGCACCUGCUUUUCGACUUUGGCAAUCGAGGCCAGGGCGCCAAAUGCCUCUUCGAAUUGCUCACGGACCGCUAUCUCUACAACCCCUUUGCGCAGAACCAGACCUACCCGGUUCGCUGUGCUCUGGGUCACUUCCAGGAUCUGAGGCUGCAGCUGCUGCCAGAGACGGCCGAUACUUCGGCUGCGGUCCCGGGCACCUUCGAGCUCCGACGCGUGAAGUUGGUUUAA